GCUAACCAUUCGCUCCACUUACAAGUCAAUUCACGCCCACUAUGGAGAUUAAAAACCCACGCCGAAUGCUCGUUGUUGGUGCCUCAAAUGCCGGCGUCCUAGACCUUAUCAAAGACCUGACCGGCAGCGCGCCAUCGCCCAUUGACUCGUCCACCGCCGGCCUCUCCCACACCCUUUCACUCAAAACACCCUACUAUACUGCCGCCAUCCCGAUCUGGAUUGACGAACUUGCUUCACUCCCUGCAUGGACGGCCGAAUUUCUCGCCCCUGAAGCAUGUGCCGUCGUGUCCGCGCUCGGCGCAUGGAUAUUUUGCUUCCGGCGCCCGCUACCUGGCGCCAAUGUUGGCUCCCCUGAGCACAUUGAUACAGUGAAGGAUAGCAUGCGUGCUGUGCAGGCCGUUAUCAAAGAGGCGUGUGGAGACGAGUGGGAUGGAGUGUGUCUUGCGGUUGCGAUGCCGCAGACCACGGUGCCGUAUGUGGAAAUGGAGACUGAUGAGUGGGAGUAUACAUGUCGUGAGUUCGGAUUCGAGUACGUAGAUAGUGAAGCCAAGGAGAAGAAUGAGUUUGGGGAGAAGACGGGUGUGGAAAGAGUGAAGGAGGCGUUAGAGGCGAACGAGUGGGACGGAGAUGAUUUGCUAGACAGCGAUUUUGAACAAGAGGGAGACGGAGAGGAAGGAUUGGAUGGUGAAGAGGCCGAAAUGGGUGUAGAGCUGUUUGGGAUGAAGGGUGCGUUGCGUGGUAAUGAGGGAGAGAGUGAAGAAGCGAAGCAGGUUGAGGACCUAGAGAGGAUGAUGGGAAAACUCCAGACUGUAAAGGGUACGCUCUUGAUAUACUAAUGACAUAACACAGCUGACAAGAGCUUAGACAUUAGUGCGGGCUUGCCAGAAGAGCAGCGGAAACAACUAG